AUGUCUGCAGCGGCGACCACGUCGCCAACCACUCCCUCCUCCGCCUCCUCUACCACUGGCCGCAACUUGGACGCCGCCAACGUCGCCGUAGAGACGGCGGACGCUCCAGAAGCUUUUCCCGUCUUCGAAGAAGAAUCUCCUGAGGGUUCGCCCUCUUCAUCCCCUUCUCCUUCUCCUCCUCCACCAGUCCGCCGCCGUUCUCGCCAAGUCAACGAGAACGACCGCCGCGCCUUCUUCGGCCUGCCCAAGCCGAAGGUCUUCAACUACGUCGACCUUGUGCGGGCCCUCCGAACUCCUCCUGCGCCCGGAUACCUCCCAAGAGCCCCAACCAGCCAAUCCAAGCCAAAUCACCUCCUUCUCACCGGCGCCAUGGGCGCAAUUAAGGUCCCAGUCCCAGGGCCCGCACGUCUCAAGCGAUCGGCAGGACCCGACGAGUGGCUUGAGGCGGCAAAGAACUGCAAGUAUCUCUCAGAAUACCACAUGAAGCAGCUCUGCGAGAUCGUCAAGGAGUACAUGAUGGAAGAAUCAAAUAUCCAGCCUGUGUCUACCCCGGUCACGAUCUGCGGCGAUAUCCAUGGGCAAUUCUAUGAUUUACUCGAACUUUUCCGAGUUGCAGGAGGCAUGCCUAAUGAAUCGGCACCCGAAACACCUGUCACACCCGCAAACAUCAUUACUUCGGCAGACAUUGAACCACCUUCUACUAUCACAGACCCGAAACUGAAGAAGAAAUUGAAACUGGGAGGAACAGAACAUCCUGGUACGCCAAGCGAGAAGAGCAGCGAGAUCAGCGAUGCCGAAGAAAUCCUUUCCUCACAACACUCCGAGAUCGAAGACGAGAGGUCAGAGUCGGGGAACGUCAUCUCACGCAAACAAAACGCAAAUUUCAUUUUCCUGGGAGACUACGUCGAUCGCGGAUACUUCUCACUUGAGACACUCACGCUUCUCCUAUGCCUCAAAGCAAAAUACCCCGACAAGAUUACGUUGGUCAGAGGAAAUCACGAGUCUCGCCAGAUCACACAAGUGUACGGCUUCUAUGAAGAGUGUGUACAGAAAUACGGAAACACCUCAGUCUGGAAAGCCUGCUGUCAAGUCUUUGACUUCAUGACGCUAGGAGCCAUCGUAGAUGGCAAAGUCUUGUGUGUGCACGGUGGUCUCUCUCCAGAAAUUAGAACGCUCGAUCAGGUGCGAGUCGUUGCACGAGCACAGGAAAUCCCUCACGAAGGCGCAUUCUGUGAUCUCGUAUGGUCAGACCCCGAAGACGUUGAAACCUGGGCAGUAUCCCCUCGAGGAGCCGGGUGGCUGUUUGGAGACCGAGUCAGUCAGGAAUUCUGCCAUGUCAACGGCCUCAACCUCAUUGCAAGAGCGCAUCAAUUAGUCAAUGAAGGCUACAAAUAUCAUUUCAAGAGUCAAGACGUGGUGACAGUAUGGAGUGCCCCGAAUUACUGCUACAGAUGUGGAAACCUGGCAUCGGUGUGCGACAUUGGCGAAGACAUGAAACCAACAUUCAAGCUCUUUAGCGCUGUCAAGGAUGAGCUACGACACGUUCCACCAUCAAGAGGUGGACGGAAUGAAUACUUCCUUUAG